GUGAAAGGAAGGGAGGGGGCGUGGUUCAGAGACAAUGUGCCCCCUCAACCCCCACCCUUUCUUGGCACUCUUCCCCCCUCCUCUCUCUGUCCAUUCCUGCCUCGCUCCACUCUCCAUUACCUGUUCCAGCACAACUGGCUCCAGCCCUGACUGAGUUCGUGAGCGACGUUCCCCUGUCAAAACAGCCCAAAAACAUUCAAACAAAGCGAGGAAAAAAAAAACAACAACAACAGAAAUCUCCACUACUUCCACCGCUUUCCAGGAUAAUUAAAAGAACACCAAACUACAUUUUUCAUCAACGACAACUGGUCGUGCGAAUCCAUUUUUUUUUUCUUUUCUUGUACCUCGAGGACCCCCGCGUGUGACUCGCCACCAUGCACUUGUUGGGCUCCCUGGUCCUUCUCUUCGCCACCAUUCUCUGCCAAGUGAGCAGCCAGGAGACUGUGGUGGGCUUAUAUGGCCAAACGCUGGAGAUUCCAUGCAACAAAGGAGCCGUGAAGGGGGAAGACGUGUUGCUCACCAAGUGGAAAUAUGACAAAGGGGAUGGAUUAUCAGGAGACCUGCUGGUCAGAAAGAAAACCGAAAAUGUCUCCAUUAGCGCCACUGAUGAAUACAAGGGUCGCAUCCACAUGGCGGCCAACUCCAGUCUGCUUCUCUCUGCCGCCAAGCUGAGCGACCAGCGGACUUUCACCUGCAUGAUGGUGGUUGGCUUGGACAUCAAGGAAUAUCCAGUCAACGUGGUUGUCUACAAGGUGCCUGCAGUUGUGGAGAUUUCUGACAAGGCGCAAGAGUUGGAGAUUGGCAAACCUACAAAGCUCGGCACAUGUGUCGCAAAAGAUGCCAAUCCACCGGCUGACAUCACAUGGCUGAAGGACAACAAACCACUGGUGGAUGCCAGGAAAGGCAUUUCCAUCCGGACCUCCGUGCAGGUGGACCCGGUGAGCGGCCUGUCGACCACCUCGUCCACACUGGAGUACUCAGCCACUAAGGAGGACACAGACGCCCAAUUCUUUUGCAGCGCUCGACACAAUUUAGGCACAGAGCUGUCGUCAUCUGCACUCAACUUCACUAUCACAUACUCCACAGAAAACAUUAUCCUGCAGGUGAUUGCUCCCAAACCUCUGGUGGAAGGUGACAACGUGACUCUCAAGUGCCUGGCGGAUGGCAAUCCAGCACCAACCAGCUUCAACUUCCACCUGAAGGGGGAUGUGGUUCCCGUGAAGAACACAAAUACAUACACCCUUACUCAUGUCUCCCGUGACACCUCCGGUGAAUACCAAUGCUCCCUAAUUGACAACCCCGCCAUGAUGGCUUCCAAGAACAUCACAGUCAAUUACCUAGAUAUCAAUUUAAGCCUCUCCGGGUACGUCAUCAAGACAGCCGGGGAGGCCUUGGAGCUGUCUUUCCAGAUCGACUCUUCGGGGGACUCAAAGGUCUCCUGGACCAAGGACAAUGUCAAGCUGGAAAAAGAGCCCAAGUUUAACAAGCUCAAGUUCUCAGACUCUGGGCACUAUGAGAGCGAAGUGAAGAUGGGAGCACUUAGCAAGAAGGCUUUUUUUGAUCUGGUUGUUGAAGGCGCUCCAGUGAUCAAGCAGCUGUCCAAACAGCGUAGUGAAGACGGUCAACAUAAAGUCUUGAUUUGUGAGGCCGAGGGCUCUCCGAAGCCAUCUGUUUCCUGGAGCAUCAAUGGCACCUCGCUUGAUGAAAGUCCCUUCAUCAACGGCAAGGUCACGCACAAAAUCACAGUGGUGCCCACCGUCAACCUGACCGUCUCGUGCACCGUGUCCAACGAGUUCGGCGUGGACACGCGGGACAUUAAUGUGUCUUCGCUAUUUGAGGAGGUGAGAAUGGAUAAACGAGACCAAUCGGAUGACGCCGAUCAAACCAAGUUGGUGGUCGGCGUGGUGGUCGCCCUCCUCAUCGCCGUCAUGGUCUUUGGGCUGGCGUACGGAAUCUACCAGAAGAAAUCCAAGCAAGGGAGCUGGAAGACUGGCGAGAAGGAGAACGGUUCCUCCGAGGAGGAGAGAAAGCUGGAGGAAAAGGUGGAGGAGAACAGCCAAAAAGCUGAAGUGUAGAGUGACGCCUAACCCACCAACCAUCCUUUGGGAAUGUGAAAGUGAGAACAUGGAACUUUGCACGUUUCUCCUCCUCACGUCAUCUUUUGGGAAAAGAAGAAAAAAAAGUGUACAUUACAGUGAAGACAGCUUGGAUUUGAUUUCAGGGAGAAUUUGACAACAAAUCCAAAAACAAAAAACAAACAAAAAAAAAGAUAAUUGGAUACUGUAUGUAAUAUACAUG